GUUCGCUUCAGUGUCAGCUCUGUACAUACAUGGAAGCAUGGAUCAGUAGUUUUCUUCUCCUUUCUCAGGCCUGAGACGACGAACACGGACGACGUUGGCAACUGGAUCCAGUCUUUUUUAAGGAACGACCUUUAACCUUUAGCUUGAUGUUACAAAGGACAGAGCACCGUGGUAGGAUCCAUCCCAUCAUCUGCUCAAAGACACCAUGGAAUUAUUUUUCAAACGUCAUUUCCGCCGUCGCCAAAAAAGGCCGAAGCAUCCGGCCGCUGCCGCCGCCGCCCGGCCACCCGGACCUGCAGUUCACGCCAGUAAAGCCAGGAGGCGCUCCAGCGUCGGCAUGCCCUCGGCGGCGCUGAUUCAACGCAGACGCUCCUCCGUGGGUUUACCUCUGGUGUGUAGCGAUCAGCUGAGGAGGCCCAGCGUCGGCCUCCUGGUGGCCAGUGGACAACGGAGACAGUCCACGAUAGAGCCGGGGUUAGCGAACGCCGGCGACAUCGCAGGAGAAACGCGAAAAGGAAGCGAACGAACGGGGAGGCGGGACUUCAAAAAGAACAAGAAUGUUGUACAUCGAGGGUUGGCGGUUCGCUACAGACGCCCUCCUAUGGUGAAGUCUAUUGAACCUCAUCUACUUGGGUCGUCUAUGCUACUUGCUAGUGUAGUCCAGAUGGGCGGAGCUACAAAAAAAGAGGAGGAGGGGGAGGAGGAAGGGGAGGAGGAAGGGGAGGAGGAAGGGGAGGAGUGGUCAAGUUCUGAUUCCGAUUUUGUAGAACAUGAGGAAGGAAAGAAUACAAACUCCCAGACGCAUUUUUCUCAGGCGAUUGUUACUGAAAACCUUAAACCCCGCCCUUUGCUCCGCCCCCCUCGCUGCUUAAGAAGAAACUCCUCCCACCUCCUGCCGGCCAGCACCGUGUAUGGAAGUGCAGAGAGAGUUUACGGAGUGUACGGUCAGUAUAACCGGAGACCGUCCAGCGAGGUUUACUGGAAUAAACCCAUCCAGACUUCCUCCACCAGUCCCAGCCUCCGUCAGGUGGAUCUGGGGUCAGAACCCGGUCCCGGGUCGGCCCAGGUGGGCGUGGCCUCCCCUGGGUGGACGGUCCAUAAGAGCUGUUCGUCACCACUGUGGGGACCAGACGGAGCCAUUUACUACGACCCUUAUAUGGAAACAUGGGACAACUUCCUGUCGAAAGCGAUCGCCAAGUCUGGCCUCCAUCAUCUGCCCUGUCAGCCCAGUACGUCAUCUAUGAACGACCCCGAGGCCAGUAUACGCAGUACUGUGGACUGGACUGAGUCAGCUGUUUUUGGAGAUCAUAUCUGGUUUGAGACCAGCGCGUCUGGAGACUCCUGUUAUGUUGGAGAACAGCACUGCAUGGCACGAACACUGCAAAAGUCGAUCAGUCGGAGGAAAUGCGCCGCCUGUAAAAUCGUGGCUCACACCGUCUGCAUCGAACAACUGGAGAAGCUUUCCAGCUCUGGAGUCCGUCUGUCGGAGCUCCGCCUUCCCUUCAAUGACCCCAACUUUAGAAUUAAUUUCAGGUGUAAACCGUCUUUCAGGGAGUCGGGCUCAAGGAAUAUCCGAGAGCCUAUUGUCGUUCGCCAUCACUGGGUGCAUCGCAGGAGGCAGGAUGGGAAAUGUAAACAGUGUGGGAAGGGUUUCCAGCAGAAGUUUGCCUUCCACAGUAAAGAGAUCGUGGCGAUCAGCUGUUCCUGGUGUAAACAGGCUUAUCACAACAAGGUUUCCUGCUUCAUGCUGCAGCAGAUUGAAGAGACCUGUCCAAUCGGAGCUCACGCAGCCCUUAUUGUCCCGCCCACUUGGAUCAUUCGAAUCCGACGCCAUCAGUCAUCGAUGAAAUCCAGUAAAAAGAAAAAGAGAACGUCUUUCAAGAGGAAAAGCAGCAAAAAAGGAUCCGAGGAGGGUCGACAGUGGAAGCCUUUUAUUAUCAGACCCAUCCCGUCACCGCUGAUGAAACCUCUGCUGGUGUUUGUCAACCCCAAGAGCGGAGGAAACCAGGGCACCAAGAUCUUGCAGUCGCUGAUGUGGUAUCUGAACCCCAGACAGGUGUUUGAUCUGAGCCAGGGGGGGCCCAAGGACGGGCUGGAGCUGUAUCGUAAAGUUCAUAACCUGAGGAUUCUGGCCUGUGGAGGAGAUGGAACUGUGGGUUGGAUCCUGUCUUGUCUGGACGAAUUAUCUUUCCAGCCUCCUGUUGCCGUGUUACCGCUGGGAACAGGAAAUGACCUCGCCAGAACCCUGAACUGGGGUGGGGGUUACACUGAUGAACCUUUGUCUAAGAUCCUGUCUCAUGUGGAGGACGGAGCCGUCGUCCAACUGGACCGAUGGAAUUUACACGUAGAACCCAACGGCAGCGCAGGCACCGAAAUGGACGAACAACAGACCGACAAACUUCCUCUGGACGUCUUCAACAAUUACUUCAGUCUGGGAUUUGACGCCCAUGUGACUCUGGAGUUCCACGAGUCAAGGGAAGCGAAUCCAGAGAAGUUUAACAGUCGCUUUAGGAACAAGAUGUUCUACGCAGGGACGGCGUUCUCUGAUUUCCUGAUGGGAAGCUCCAAAGACCUGUCCAAGCACAUUAAAGUGGUGUGCGACGGGACUGAUUUGACGUCCAAGGUUCAGGAUUUGAAGCUGCAGUGUUUGGUUUUCCUCAACAUUCCAAGAUAUUGUGCAGGGACGACGCCGUGGGGAAACCCGAGUGAGCAUCAUGACUUUGAACCUCAGCGCCAUGACGACGGAUACAUCGAAGUGAUCGGAUUCACCAUGACGUCGCUGGCUACCCUUCAGGUCGGAGGUCACGGUGAACGGCUAAACCAGUGCAGAGAAGUCACCCUGACCACAUCUAAACCUCUGCCAGUGCAGGUGGACGGGGAACCCUGUCGACUGGCUCCUUCAGUCAUCCACAUCAGCCUCAGGAACCAGGCCAACAUGAUCCAGAAAACCAAACGGAGAACUUCACUGCCUCACCUCAACGAUCAACAGGCGGUUCCGGAUCGACUGAGGAUCCGGGUCAGCAGGAUCGGAAUGAGCGACUACGAAGCUCUGCAUUACGACAAAGACAAACUACGACAAGCAUCCAUUCCACUGGGAUUGAUCGUAGUUCCUGGUGACAGCGACUUAGAAACCUGCAGAGAACACAUCCAACGCCUGCAAGAGGAUUUCUGCUCAGUCCAUCCUACCUUUGGAGGUUUGGGACUACAGGAGGAAGAAACCAACAAACCAAAGAUUCUCUCCUCACAAAGACUGUCUCCAAAGUGGUGUUUCCUGGACUCUACGACUGCAGAUCGUUUCUACAGGAUCGACAGGGCUCAGGAACACCUCAACUACGUAUCAGAAAUCUCCCAGGAAGAAAUCUACAUCCUGGACCCUGAACUGGUUGUCAUGACGACAGUAGGCACCUCCCCUUCGGCCAUGCCAGACCUGGUUAACCCCAGGUCCGACACGAUAGACGACAGGAAAACUCCUACUCAGGCGUCGGAGGACGUAUUUGUGUACUCCGUUACUUCAACCUCUACUUCCAGUUCUUCCCAGAGGCCUCGGGUCAACAGUGACAGUUCUGCAGCCGAAGUUUUAACACAGAACACAGCGCCCAUAACCAGCAAACUCACAAGGGCUGGCUGCAUCCACCGCUCCAACACCACAGCUGCAGAUUUCACACCCAGAAUGAGGCUGGAAAAAAACCACAAGACCAAUGAAACGGACGGAGGCGCAGAAAAAGACAUGUUGAUACAGAGUGUGAAGAACAAAGAUGUGAAGAAGCUGCAGCAGAUGCACCAGAAAGGGGCGGACCUAACGCUACGGGACCAAUCAGGAUGCAGUUUGUUGCAUCACGCUGUCGACACAGGAAGUAAAGAGAUGGUGCGCUACAUCCUGGACAACGCUCCAUCCGACCUCCUGGACGUCACCGAAAACCAGCAUGGGGACACGGUCCUGCACCGGGCGGCCUCUCGGUCCAGAACCAUCUGUCAUUAUUGGUCGAGGCCGGAGCGUCCACUCAUGAAAACAGACCUACAGGGUGAUACUCCUAAAAAUCGAGCUGAAAAGGCCAAAGACGCAGAGUUGGCGGCAUAUCUGGAAAACAGACAACAUUACCAGAUGAUCCAGAGGGAGGACCAGGAGACCGCCGUCUGAACCAGCACUGGACCUGCUGGACCCUCCAGACCUGCUGGACCCUCCAGACCUGCUGGACCCACUGGACCAGGACGUGGACGGACUGUAGGCGUCGGUACCUGAGUGACAGAAGGACAUUUCCUGUUCAUUUAUGAACUGGUUUCAUUCAAUACAAGUUGAACUGGUUUUGUUUUUUAUAAAUUGUGCCAAAUCUGAUCCAACUCACGUUUAAUGGUUUUAGCUUCGACUGUAAAUGAAUAAAAACAUAAACAAAACUAA